AUGGUCGAUGGUAGCAGCACCCCCUCAGAGCCGACAACUAGUGGCUCAAAGCUUCAGCUGUAUGUCUCCUCCGACACAGUGGUACCAGAUGCAGAUGUUGAGAGAGCCUCUGGCUCGACCAGUCUCAUCCCCGUCGACCCAUUCCAAUUCCGAGAUGGAAUCGUUACGGACGAAGAACUCUCUAAUCUGCGCCGUCGCAAAAAGGGCAAGGCAGUUGCGAAGUAUCAAACGCGGCAGAAUAACCUCAUCGAGGCGUUGUUGAAACCUAUGGAAGAACACACAGAAGACGCGAAGGCCGAAGAAGAAGCUGCUCGAUUACCUGUCAAAAUUGCCAUCUAUGCUAGCCUCAUUUCUAAUUUCGCCCUAUGUGUUUUGCAAAUGUACGCCGCCAUCUCAUCACUGUCAUUGUCGCUCUUGGCUACUGGCAUCGACUCUGUUUUCGACAUUGGGAGCAACAUCCUGUUAUUCUGGUUGCAUCGAAAAGCUGUUAGUCUUGAUGGAAACAAAUGGCCCGUCGGGGGAGCUCGACUUGAGACGAUAGGAAACAUCGUUUACGAAUCCAUUCGUACCCUAAUAACCAAAGAAGGCGACGAGUUGGCACCAUUCCAUCUUCCUUCAAUUAUCUCUGUGUCCUCGGCUCUCGCGGUCAAAUUUCUUCUUUUCCUCUACAGUUUCUCUAUACGAAAAAAAUCGAGUCAAGUCCAGGUUCUCUGGCAGGACCAUCGUAAUGACCUCUGGAUCAAUGGAUUUGGUAUUCUCAUGUCCACAGGAGGGAGCAAACUCCGCUGGUAUCUUGACCCCAUGGGUGCCAUCAUCAUUGCAUUAGGGGUAAUAAUCUCUUGGGGCAGGACUAUUUACUCAGAGUUCGAGCUCCUCGCUGGAAAAUCAGCACCGCACGACUUCCUCCAAUUGCUUAUUUAUAAAUGUGCUACUUUUACGGACUCCAUCGAAAAGGUGGAUACUGUCCGUGCUUACCAUGCAAGUGGAAUUCAAAAAAAUCUUUAUAUGCCGUUGCCACAUACUAAUCAAAGUUCAUCCACACAGUCUGGGCCUGAUUAUUUCGUUGAAGUGGAUAUCGUAAUGGAUGAAAAUACCCCACUGUGGAAGGCACACGAUGUCAGUCAGCAACUUCAAGAUAAGAUUGAAGUGCUCCCCAACGUCGAGAGGGCGUUUGUACACGUAGAUCACGAAUGGACACAUGUUCCAGAACACAGAAAGGCUGCAAAAAGCCCUGUUUAA